CCUAACAAACUGGGAAGGGCAGCGCUACCUAAGGUUUGCAUGUCACGGGAGACCGUGAUCGAUCGCGACGUGGAUUUGUUUAUUGACAAAAAGGGUUAAACUGGAAAUCCGGACACGUUGACAGAACCUAACACUCGGUGGCAUGUACAGAGAAAUGAAGAUGGCGACAGAAGCUGGCAGCAAGACUGAGAAUGGCCUUGUGGAUGGACAAGAAUGCUACCAGUAUGACCCGGAUAUUCUGAAACUGAUAGAUUUUUCUAAGUCUCCCGCGAAGUACAACCCCCCAGUCUCCCCAACACAUCCUGGAGAAAAUCUGGUGAUGCGACCAUUGUGUUUAGCAGACUAUGAUAAAGGUUUUCUGCAGCUGCUGACACACCUGACCAAAGUUGGGGAUGUAAGCAGGGAAGAGUUUGAAGCCCGCUUCAUGCAGAUGAAGAAUUGUCCUGAGAACUACUAUGUGACAGUAAUAGAGAAUACAGAGUCAGGGCAGAUCAUCGCGUCUGCCACACUGGUGAAGGAGACCAAGUUUAUACACCAAGCCUCUGCGAGAGGACGAGUGGAAGACGUUGUGGUUAGUGAUCUCUACAGAGGAAAGCAGCUUGGAAAACUACUUGUAGACAGCAUGACCUUGCUGAGUGCCAAGGUUGGGUGUUACAAAGUGUCACUAGAAUGUCGAGACCCCCUCGUCAAGUUCUACUCACAGUUUGGCUUCAUCAAGGAAGACAACCAGAAUUACAUGCUGCAGAAGUGGUGGGAUUGAUAACUGCUUGCCCUAGGACUAUUUGUUGCUGGGCUUUCAUAGCAUGGAACAUUAAAAGAUCUGGUUCUUGUAAGUGAUCUGUGAUCUGUUACUGAUUUGAUUUGACUAAUUGGGUAAUUAUUAGAGUUUCGGGACCCUUAUUGGUGCAAAUGAUGAAUAUGGGUAAAUAUUUUCAUGUUCAACCAUGAAAAGAUGCCCAUCCACCCACCCCCACAUAAAAACCCCAAUUAUAUUGUUUACCGAGUGAUUAUGAAAAUAUUUUUCUGAGAAUCAUAUCUUUCAGCUUGAUUAAGCUUAUCAGUAGGAUCAUAUUUUGUUAAUUGUGUCAGGGAACCAAUUAUAUACUGUGAAGUCAAGAAUGAUACAUUGUUAAGAUUGUCAAUGAUCUGUGAUCACAGAAAACAUCAUCUGUAGUCAAUAUCAGUAUUCCAAGGGACAAAUAUCCCUGAAGGUUUGAUUGUAGAUGUUAUAAUGAUCUGAAGAAAUGGUAAACUCAAUGGUUCUGUAGGACUGCAAUAACACCACACACAUCUCAGAUCUGAGAUGGCAGUGAAUUGAUACCAGUGUACACAGUCCGGGACAUAACCGAUUCCAGCCUCUUUCACCAGGCUACUGGUUGACUUUGAUUAUCUGGUAGCUCAAGGCUGCUGCUUAAAACAGGGAUCCUAAUGAGGGAACUUUUAUUAUGACACAUUUCAGAAUAUAGGAAGUAACCUGGGGUACCUUGCAUGACAAUGUCCUGCAAAAUGGGUGACUUCUUGGUCUCCCCAACACCUGGUGUCCAUUACUGUGAUGUUACUGGAAUAUUACUGAACAAUACUGACUUGUUGCAGCCCUACAUCUUCUAUUGUCCUUGUUGCCGUGGUUACUGUAUAUAUCGAUAUUUAUUUAGCUAUGGAUAGCUUCUACUCACUCACAUUUAUCACAAGGCAGCUUUGUAUAUUUUUGCUGUAAUAUUUUAUGCUGAAUCCCAAGAGAUUCCCCAUAUAGACGACAUAGAACAACCUGUAUGCAUUUUGAAACAUACACUAUUGUUAUUGUUGUGAAGGAUCUCAAUGUGAUGAAUAUUGUUUGUUUAAGAAAUGCAAAUUUUAGUUUUUGUGAAUGCUGUUAUUUUAUUUGGAUGUUGUUAUUAAUAUGGAAAUAUGAACAAAUGAGAUUGAGUUUAUAGAGAUGCAAUGGGAUUGGGACAUUGUUGUAGCACUGGAAUUUGAAAGAGAAAGUAUUGAAUGCAUCCUUUGACACCAUAUUGGUUUUAACAGAUUACAUGAAAUGUAUUUCACCAGGUGUACAUUGCCACAAACUUAAACUUGCUGUUUGACUUUGGCACAAAAUUUGGUGUAUUCAAAUGUUUUCACAACUGUUUACACAAGCUUACAAAGGUACGUUUUGAGUUUUAAUCAAUGUGUCAAAACAAGACAAUCAUUGGCUGUACUGCAACAGAGGUCAGAGUGCAGGUCAGGAGCACUGGUGCAUGUAUACCAGCUGGUGAUCUCUCAGCUAUUGCUGAUGACCUCAGUUGUUUUGUAUGUUUCCUAACAUACUUUGACAAAUAUAUGUUCAUAAAUUCAUUUAAUAACGUUUAUGAUAUAACGUUCAUUGUGUGUAAUACUUUAUCUCUGAUCCUAUGAAUAUAUAUAUAUGAAUUAACAGGUGCAAUUACUCAGACUGCAUUUUGUGGAUUUAUCUGAUAUUUCUUGCAUUUUGUUUGUAGACAGUUUACUUCAGUAAAGAAAAGAAUUGUAUGUGAGAAAGAGAUUUAGACUAUCCAGUAGAAAAUUGUCACUAGUUUCACUCCAACUGAACACGGUCUUCACAGAUUACUGUACAUGUACAUGAUUCCCACAUAAUAACCACACUUACU